CAAAAUACGAUUCUUGAUGGGGAAAUAGAAAUGGCGAAUUUAUUAAUAUUGAAGUAAAUAAAUAACAAAAGGAAAAUGAUGAAAUGUGGGAAAUAUACAUUUUCAUGAAUUAAAGUGCGAGCACUAUUCUUUCCUUGUAUUUCUAAAAGUCUCGGAAAAGUAAUACAUAGCACAAUAACGAAGAAAAUGACUUUAAAGUUGAUAAUUUUAAUAUGUUUCGCGGUAUUACCGUUUAUAUUUUCAUUAGAAGGAGAGUUUGUGUUCGACGAUUCUGAAGCGGUAGUGAAGAACAAGGACGUUACUUCGGAGUCAUGGACAGAUGUAUUCUUCAAUGACUUUUGGGGUACAAACAUUCAAUCGAAUUUAAGUCACAAGUCUUACCGGCCCCUUACUGUAUUAUCUUACAGACUCAAUUAUGUGUUAAGUGGUAGAACUUUAUCAGCUUAUCAUUUUAAGAUCACAAACCUGUUUUCCCACGUUGUAUGCUGUUUAUUAGUAUGGGAAGUCUUUCAAACUAUUCUAUCACAUGAGAAAAAACCUUCAUCUAGUCAAGAUGAAACAGCUCACCAACAAUUGAGCAACCAGCCCAGUAGAAGUAAGAAAUUGUGGAAAGACACAGCAUAUUUAGCUACAUUGCUGUUCGCUGUUCACCCGGUCCAUGUGGAGGCAGUAUGUGGCGUAGUGGGACGGGCUGAUCUCUUGGCAGCAGAAACAUUCUUUCAAGCAUUCCUUUGUUAUUACAAGUCAACAACUAGUCAUAAAUAUAAACAUUUCUAUUUAUUUACCACAGUCCUCUUGGCAGGCAUUGCCAUGUUGUUUAAAGAAAAUGGUGUCACGGUAUUGGGUUUCUGUUUAGUUUAUGAAUUAACAAUUAUGUUUUGGAGAAAGAGAAAUGAAAAUAGAAGCACUUCAAUGUUGAGGCUGGAUCAUGUGCACCACAGCAUAGAGUCAGUAUUCAGGAUAAUCUGCCUCUCUGUUGGCAUAGCCGCACUGCUCUAUGCGAGGUGGUUAGUGAUGGGACGUACUAGACCUGAGUUCAAACCAACAGACAAUCCGGCUGCAUUUUCUUACAGUCCUUUUACCAAGGUGGCCACAUUUAACUUCAUUUAUUUUCUGAAUCUCCUGUUACUUAUCUGGCCUCAAUGGCUUUGCUAUGAUUGGUCAAUGGGAUGCGUUCAACUGAUAGAGAGGGUCACAGAUAGCAGAAUAAUCUUUAUAUAUGCUAUGCAUCUGUACGGCCUUUUUCUACUGGAGUCUGUUUGGUCUGGAAGAAAGAAAACUGACAGGGCAGUAGUCCUGGCAGUAUCACUAAUAGUCAUACCAUUUCUGCCUGCCUCAAAUUUAUUUUUCCCAGUGGGAUUUGUGAUAGCUGAGAGGAUUUUAUACAUAUCAUCGGCUGGAUACUGUCUGUUGCUAGCUAUUGGAUUUAAUAGGCUGUUGUUCCGGAGAACAAAGGUAGUUCGAAGUAUUGGUAUGUUCAUGUUCAUAUUUCUAUUGCUAAUAUACGCUACGCGGAGCUGGCAUCGCUCGCAGGACUGGCAGACCGAACACGGCCUGUUCAUCAGUGGGCUUUCAGUAUGCCCACUAAACGCUAAAGUGCACUACAAUGUAGCAAAGGCUGCGGACGCAAACAAUCAAGUAGAUUGGGCAUUAUAUGAAUAUAAAGAGGCUAUAAGACUGUACCCAAAAUAUUACCAAGCAAUGAACAAUUUGGCUAAUUUACUUAAAAAUCUAAAAAAAUACGAAGAAGCUGAAAUGUAUUUAAGAUCGGCUGUGACACACAGGGAGGAUUUCCCAGCAGCGUGGAUGAACUUAGGGAUACUCUUGGCGACUACUCGUCGUUUCGAAGAAUCGGAAGCAGCUUAUAAAACAGCUAUAAGUUACCGGCAGAAAUAUCCUGACUGCUAUUAUAAUUUGGGUAACUUGUAUCUUGAGAUGAGUAAAACUGAAGAUGCCAUAAAAAGUUGGUUCCAAGCUAUCAAUCUAAACCCCAAGCAUGUGCUAGCGUGGACUAAUUUAAUGGCUCUAAUGGAUAAUACUGGACAAAUAGACAGAGCUUUGAAAGUCAUACCGAAAGUUCUCACGGAACUUCCAGAUGCGCCGUCAAUCAAUUUCGCAAUAGCCAACAUGUACGGCAAAAUAAACAGAUAUGAAGAGGCGGAGGCAUACUUUCUUAGGGCAAUCGAACUAUUCGGAUUUGACGUUAAAGCCAUACAUUACGCGAAUCUUGGUGUUCUAUACCAUCGAUGGAAGAAAUACGCUGCAGCGGAAGAAAUGUACAAGAAUGCCUUGAAAGUCGAUCCAUCAUUCAAGACUGCCCGUAGAAACCUUGAGAAUUUACAGAAAUAUUUAAAUAAAUAGAUCUGAAAUAAUGUUAUAUUGUAUAACUUCUUAUGUAGGAAUACUAUCUAAAAUAAACUAUUUGUAGGUACCUAA